AAUAUUACUUAUUAUUAUCCAAACCAAACCAAAAAUUAUUUCAGAAUAUUGUUUAAUGUCUAGUCACAUCUAUCUCUAAAGAUUAUUUAUACAAGUUUUUGUAACUCUCUUCUUUCAUAUAUUAUUCCCUUUUUUCAAUCAAUUAUAGAAUUUAUAGUUAUAGAUCAUCAUCAUCAUAAAAAUUAAUGUCAAAAUCAUCAAUGGAACUCCCUGAUUGUAUUUAUCCAUGUCAAGCAAUAACAAAUAUUUCACCAAAUGCUCCAACACCAAAACAUUCUCUCUAUCUUUCUAAUCUUGAUGAUCAAAAGUUUCUUAGAUUUUCUAUUAAGUAUUUGUACAUUUUCAAGAAAUCAGUGAACUUGGAUCAUUUGAAGUGUUCUUUGUCUAGAGUUUUAGUUGAUUAUUACCCUUUAGCUGGGAGGUUAAGGAGUUGUUCCUUGGAUGAUGAUAAAAAGCUUGAGGUAGAUUGCAAUGGUGAAGGUGCUUUGUUUGUUGAAGCUUUCAUGGCUAUAACUGCUGAUGAAUUACUUGAACCUUCUAAGUUGCCAAACAAGUCAUGGAGGAAGUUCAUGUAUAAAGUGGAAUCUCAAAGUUUCUUAGAUGUUCCUCCUAUUAUUGUUCAGUUAACAAGUCUUCGAUGUGGGGGAAUGGUUCUAUGCACCGCAAUCAACCAUUGCCUAUGCGAUGGAAUCGGCACAUCACAAUUUCUACACGCAUGGGCACAACUGACCAAACAACCUCAAACAAAUUUAACCAUCCAACCUUUCCACUGGCGACACGUGUUGAAGCCACGACACCCUCCCACGGUAAACCUCCAUAAUCCCGGAUACACCAAAACACAACCAACCCCUCAAGUAAACAUUCUCAAGUUGAUACAAUCACAACCCUUAUUACCCACAUCCUUUAUCUUUAAUCCCUCUCAUGUUCUCUACUUAAAGAAACAAUGUAUCCCUUCACUAAAAUGCACUACAUUUGAAGUAGUUGCGGCACACACGUGGCGCUCUUGGAUUCGAUCAUUGAAUUUAUCGUUACCGUCCAAUUUAACCGUGAAGUUACUUUUCUCUAUUAAUGUACGCAACAUAUUAAACCUACAAAAAGGAUAUUACGGUAAUGGGUUUCUAUUAGGUUGCGCGGAAAGUACUAUAAAGGACUUAGUAGAGAAUAACCUACACCAUGGUGUGAAACUAGUGCAAAAGGCAAAAUCAACGGUGAAUAAUGAAGAGUAUAUAAGAUCAACGGUAGAUUUAUUGGAGGACAAAAUGGUAAAAACGGAUGUUUCAACUAGUUUGGUUAUAUCACAAUGGUCUAAAUUGGGGUUAGAAGAAGUGGAUUUUGGAGAGGGAAAACCGGUUCACAUGGGUCCUUUAACAAGUGAUGUUUAUUGUUUGUUUUUACCGGUUAUUGGAGGUGAUGUUAAUGCUGUGAGAGUGGUUGUUUCUGUGCCGGAGAGUAUGGUGGAAAGUUUUCAAUAUUAUAUGAAUGAAAGCUGGGAAAAGAAAAUACAAAAUGGAGAUUAUGUUAAAAAUGACUAUCAUGCAAAUGAAAGCUCGUUUUUCUAAAAAUGCUCCAUUUUAUUAUUAUAUUUUCCUUUUUGGCUAUAUAUGUCUUUGUAAUUACUACCAUGGUAUAUUAUGAGGCAAGGAAUGAGUAUCUGUAAUGCAAUUUCAGUGUAUAAAUUCUAGUAAUCCUACUGAUUGAGUUUGGGAUCAA